UGUCACAACGUGGAACUGUCUCUCAAAAAAAUAUAACAGUAAUGUGAAUUUUGACAAUUGUUACAAAAUUGUAAUGGUGUUAUAGAAGUCGUGAUAGGAAAUACUUGUGUGAAUCCAUUCUCUAUAUUUUGGAAAAUCAAUUAUACAUAUUUCGAUAUAUUCUUUGUAUUCCUUUGUAUUUCUCAAUAGUUCAAAAUGUCUACACGAUAUAUGAAAAAGGUUUACGGUGGCGAUGUAAUCACGGAGAAAGAGAAUAAUGAUGCGAGUGAUACAGAGAUUUCAGUAACCAACGACACAAAGUCUAAGUCUUUCAACGUUUUCGAUGUGUUGAAUCAGAGUUCUGACGAUAGCGAAGAUACGAAUGAUAAACAAGAUGAGGAAAAUAUGAUCCCAAACAGUGAAAAUUAUAAUGAGGUCAAACGCAAGAAGAAGAAGAAGAAGCGUAAGAAGACAGAGAAUGUUAAAAAUCAGCAACAGCAAGGUGUUGAGAAUAAUAAAAAUAUAGAUGAAAUUGAACAAAGUAUUUGGGAAGUGAACCAAUUACUUGGAGAGCCAGAACCAAGUUGCAGUAAGGAGAUUCACGAACCACAAUGGAUUAAUAAAAUAUCUAAGGAAGAUGUAUUAACUAUAGAGCAUAAACACUUGAACCCAAAUAAUGAAUUGAAGAAAAUUUUUGGUAGUAAGACUGUACAAGCUGAACAAAGCAAAAAAAAACAUAGAAGUCGUCCUGGCCAUUUGAAAAAAACAUGGUUAACUUGUCCUCGAGAUAAUUGGCUACCAAUUUGUAAAUCUGGAUUAUCAAUGUCUUUAGAUUAUUCUAUGCAAAGUACAGAAAAUGUACAGUAUUUUGUAUAUGAACAUAGCUCUUCAUACAAACAAGCACAACUGCAAUUCUUGCAGGCUGUUGAAAGCUUGGAUCCAGAUAACAUCAUUAACAUAGUAAAUGCACAUUUUUACCAUUUAGAUGCUCUUCUACAAGUAGCUGAAAUUUUUAAAUUAAGUGAAGAGUUAGUAUUGGCAGCAGGAUUUACUGAACGAGCUUUGUACUCUUUAGAAUGUGCAUUUCACCCAUCCUUCAAUAUGACAUCUGCACAAUGUAGAUUAGAUUACAGGAAACAGCAGAAUCGUGCAUUAUUUAUAACACUUUUUAAACAUCUUGGGUUUGUUGGUAGACGAGCCUGUUAUAGAACAAGUUUAGAAAUUUCUAAAUUACUUUUGUCAUUGGAUCCGGAAGGGGAUCCACUGGCAGUGGCCUUGUGCAUUGAUUUUUAUGCCUUAAGAGCUAAGGAAUAUGAAUGGUUUAUAAAGUUUUGUAAUCUGUGGGAAAACUCCAGAAGAUUAACUCAAUUACCAAACAUAUUGUAUAGCCUAGCCUUGGCUCACUUUCGUUUGGGUGAAAAGGCUGAUGCUAAUGAACUUUUGCAGAAAGCUCUUAUUAUGUUUCCAGGUGUACUAAUGCUUUUACUUGACAAGUGUAGUAUACAAACAGAUAGCAAGGUGAUGUAUCACGAUUUCUUUAACUCUCAAGCACGAGUAAGUACGACACCAGCUUUAGAGAAGCUACAAAAUUUAUACGUAAUGCGUAGCUUUCGUCUGUGGAAGGAGGCAGAUAUUUUGCCAUGGUUAGAGACAAACGUGCAUAUUGUACUAAGUCGUGUUGAAUUUAAAGAUGAUUAUGUUAAGUACUGUCGAGUGAAACGUAGUAAAAGAUAUCAAGGGAAAUUGCCAGUAAAUAUUUUGAGACACAUUAUAUUAUCAGAUAUGCAAGAAGUCAUAGUUAAUGCACAGGAAAUCGAGGAUGUAAAAGCAGUGUUAUCAUAUGACCCAUUACCACCUGAAGAUAGUAUUGAUAUAUACAGGAUGCCAAAUGAAAGAAUAACUCAAAAUAAUUCAAACUUCUUUUCCCGUUUCUUCUCUUCAUUAUUCAUGGGUAUUGAUGAAGUUGCAGCUGAUAUUUUAAACGGUUUCCAGAUAUUUGAGGAGAGUGAUGAUCAUUCACAAUAAUGCCAUUUUUCUAAUUAUAUGGAACCUAAUGAUGACAAAACGAUUAAAAACAAUUUAAAAAAUUAAAAAUGAUUAAAACGAUGAUAAUACAAAUUGUGCAGUUUUAAUAUGUAAUAACUUUAAGAAUAUAAUACAUAGCAGUAGAGAAUAGAACCUAAUUUCGAAAUUGUUUCCUUUUUGCUACAAAAGAAUUAAAUAGCAAAGUUAUUUCCUUCAAAUAUAUCUGAUUUUUGGAAAACUAAAUUAUUUCUAAAUAUAUUAUAUCAUCAUGC